AUGGGUCCUCAUCACAGCCCAGACCCAAAACGACCGUCGCCUGACGGCCAGGACAAUGACGGAACCCCAGACCACAGCUUUAGCUACGACUCUUCCUUUGGUGAUUUCAAUGUUGGAAAUGUCUCUAGAUCUCCUUUGAACCCACAAGCUGCCUCAAACAGUGGUAAUUUCAAUGCAAUUCCCCCCAGCACCCCCGAUCAAUCAGCUUUCGGCAACAGUCAUCAUGCCGGCUCCGCCUCACUAACCUCCUCGCAACAACUACAAGAAAAAGCAAUCCCAGCCACUACCCCCACAGUCACAGAGACUAUAUCAAACCCUCAUUCUUCUUACCAUCAUAGCUCUUCAAUGGAAUACCCUAACGAAAAGAUAAACCCACUUCUUCCUUACAGCUCACCAACUGCUGCGGCUAUAGCUGCAUUCCCGGAAACUGACCGUUCCCGAGCAAGUGAGGAGCUUCGACAUCAGAACUUGCUCCAUGUCCAGUAUGAUGAACAACAAAGAUUUUCAGAAGAUGGUUUGCAUCAAACUCAAGAUUUUGGACACCGCAAAGCCCGUAUUCCUACCGGCAAAAUUAAGAGAAACUUAAGUAUCUCGGCCAAACUACACAGCACAGAAAACUCUCUUCGAAGAAUAAGUAGGCGCAUCCCCAUUGUGCAACAAUACGUCCACAAACCUGACGAUGACAAUGCAAAGGAGAUUGAAAAGGAACGCACUGUUUAUUUUAACCAGCCUUUGCCAGAACACGAAAAGGAUCCCGCCACAGGUAACAUUUCGGUAGAGUAUCCCAGAAACAAGAUUCGAACAACUAAGUACACACCACUAAACUUUCUUCCAAAGAAUAUUUACCACCAAUUUCACAACAUUGCCAACAUUUAUUUCUUGUUCAUUGUUAUUCUUGGCGCCUUUUCAAUUUUCGGUGUGGAGAACCCAGGUCUUGCAGCUGUUCCAAUUAUCGCUAUUGUUGCCAUUACAGCGUUUAAGGAUGCCAUUGAGGAUUACCGUCGUACUGUUUUAGACUUGGAGGUCAACAAUACAAUUACACACCGCUUGAUCAAUAUAGAAAAUCCAAACAUUGAGGAUGAUGUUAUUAGCCCUUGGCGUAAGUUUAAAAAAGCCUCCACCAAAGCAUCGGUGCAAUUUAUUCGAGCCAUUGUUCGUGGUUUCAACAAUGUGUUUCGCAGAAAGGCUAUGGAACGCAAGAGGCAACUCGAACGAAAUGUUUCCAAGUCAAGUCUUGAACUCGACACAGUUGCAACUCGAAACACAGUUUAUUCGCAAAUUAGUAAUUCCAUAUAUGAUGCCUCUCUUCAUGGGAACUCGCUUGAUUUGAAUCGAUAUGGUGCUUCUUCCAAAAAGGCUCUGGAAAAGGAUGGAACUGUCAUUGAUCGUUCUCGUUCUUGCCCUGGUCAGGCAGCCUUCAAACGCGCUUACUGGAAGGAGAUUAAUGUUGGUGACAUUGUCAAGAUUUACAAUAAUGAUGAAAUCCCCGCUGAUGUUAUUAUUCUUUCUACGUCGGACCACGAUGCAGCUUGUUAUAUCGAAACGCGCAAUUUGGACGGUGAAACUAAUUUAAAGGUGAGACAAGGUCUCAAUGCCACAAAGGCAAUUCGGCAUUCUCGUGAUUUGGAGCAGUGCGUUUUUCAGGUCGAUUCAGAAGCUCCGCAUCUUGAUCUAUACUCAUAUUCAGGUCUUUUGAAAUGGAAGCAGCGUGAAAACCCACUAGACUUGGCUUCUCCUAUUGUUGAGCGUGCAGAAGCUAUAACGAUUUCCAACAUGUUGUUGCGUGGUUGCACCAUUCGAAAUACAAAAUGGGUCAUUGGUGUUGUAGUUUACACUGGUAGCGACACCCGUAUAAUGAAGAAUUCAGGUGUCACUCCAACCAAACGCUCUCGACUCACUCGUGAACUCAACAUUAAUGUUAUUAUUAACUUUGUUUUUGUCUUUAUCUUGUCUUUUGUUUCUGGUGUUGUCAAUGGAUGUUCUUUCCGAUCUAAGCAGUCAUCCAGAUACUUUUUUGAGUUUGGCUCUAUCGGCAAUACCGCUCCAGUGAACGGUAUCAUUACCUUUUGGGCUGCAGUUAUUUUGCUCCAAAACUUGAUUCCCAUUUCGCUCUACAUUACUAUUGAAAUUGUCAAAACAUUCCAAGCCUUUUUCAUUUACUCGGAUUGUUUUAUGUAUUAUGAGCCCAUUGAUUAUCCGUGCACUCCUAAAUCAUGGUCCAUUUCAGACGACUUGGGUCAGAUUGAAUACAUUUUCUCUGACAAGACUGGAACUCUGACUCAAAAUGUUAUGGAAUUUAAAAAAUGCACUAUAAAUGGAAUUUCGUAUGGUAAGGCUUUUACGGAGGCUAUGGCAGGAAUUAUGAAGCGCGAGGGAACUUUUACCGAACAAGUGGCAAUAAACAAGCGCCAAGAGAUUAUUAAUGAUAAGGAGAUCAUGAUGGCUAAACUGCGCGGGAUUUAUGAUUCUCCAGAAGUUUUUGACAAUGAAGUGACAUUUGUUUCUUCUAAGCUGGUUGAUGAUAUGGAGGGCCAAUAUGGUCCCGAACAAUCGCAAGCCAUUAAUCACUUUUUACUUGUGUUGGCCUUGUGUCAUUCAGUUCUUCCAGAAAGAACUAAGGAUAGUGCCAAAAAGCUUCUCUAUAAGGCUCAGUCGCCCGAUGAGUCUGCGCUUGUGAACUUUGCACGUGAUAUGGGUUAUGCAUUACUCGAGCGUACUCGUAACGGUGUUAUCAUUAGUGAGAAGGGCCAGGAGCAUGAAUAUGAAGUAUUGCAUUCUCUGGAAUUUAAUUCAGCGCGUAAGCGUAUGAGUGUUAUUGUUCGAAUGCGCGAAACAGGCAAGAUUUUCCUUUUUUGCAAAGGUGCCGAUAAUAUCAUUUAUUCGCGGUUAGCUCCAGGAGUUCAGGGAGAAUUACGUCAGGUUACAGCAGAUGAACUUGGUGAAUUUGCACGCGAGGGUUUGCGUACUUUAUGUCUGGCUGAAAAGGAGAUUCCCGAAGAAGAAUACCAGGUUUGGGCAUCACGACAUGAGCUUGCUUCUCAAGCGUUGCAGAACCGUGAGGAGCAGAUGGAGAAGGUUGCAGAUGAAAUUGAGCGCGAUCUUUAUUUGAUUGGUGGUACUGCUAUUGAAGAUCGUCUGCAGGAAGGUGUACCUGAGACUAUUGAAUUGCUAAGUCAAGCUGGUAUCAAGCUUUGGGUUUUAACUGGUGAUAAGGUGGAAACUGCCAUUAAUAUUGGUUACAGCUGUAACUUACUUGACAAUGGCAUGGAGUUGCUCCUGUUGCAACUUGGAGAAAAAACAGUCGAGUCUGCCAAUGCUUUAUUGGACUCUUUGUUGCAAACAAAGUUUGGGCUUCAGUAUACACCUGAGGUGAUGAAAGCUGCGCAAAAGGAUCAUACGGUGCCUUCCCGCCAAUAUGCUGUUGUUAUUGAUGGUGAUUCGUUAGAUAUUGUGGUAUCACCGGAUGUCAAGGAGCGUUUUGUGUUGCUGUGCAAGCAAUGUCGUUCUGUUUUGUGUUGUCGUGUGUCGCCUUCGCAAAAGGCUUUGGUUGUUGCUGCUGUUAAGACCACAUUGGAUGUGACGACGUUGUCGAUUGGUGACGGUGCCAACGAUGUGGCUAUGAUUCAGGAAGCAGAUGUGGGUGUUGGAAUUGCUGGUUUAGAAGGUCGUCAGGCCGUUAUGUCGUCUGAUUAUGGUGUUGGACAGUUUAGAUUUUUAGGUCGGUUGCUAUUAGUGCACGGCCGAUGGGCAUAUCGUCGAUUAUGUGAAAUGGUUGCCAAUAUGUUUUACAAGAAUGUGGUUUUCACACUGACACUAUUUUGGUACAAUUUCAACAAUUCGUUUGAUGGCUCAUAUUUGUUUGAUUAUACCUACAUUACAUUGUUUAAUCUGGCUUUUACAUCACUACCCGUUAUUUUUAUGGGAUUUUUAGAUCAGGAUGUUAGUGAUAAGAUUUCCAUGGCUGUCCCAGCACUUUAUAGACGGGGAAUUUUGCGAUUGGAAUGGAACCAGCUUAAAUUUUGGAUAUAUAUGAUUGAUGGUUUGUACCAGUCUGCAGUAUGCUAUUGGCUUGCCUUUUCCAUGUUUUACAGUGGUGGCUUUAUUAGUCCCAAUGGUCGUCAAAACAACUUUCGUGAAGGUUAUGGUGCACUUGUCGCAACAUCAGCUAUUGUUGCUUGCAACCUUUAUAUUUUGAUUAAUGAGUAUAUGUGGGACUGGCUCUUUUUGCUUAUUGUUGCCAUUAGUAUUUUGCUUGUCUUUUUCUGGACUGGUAUUUAUACACUUUUUACGGCAUCACGGUUCUUUUAUAAGGCUGCACCUCAGAUUUAUGGUUCUUUGGCAUUUUGGGCAUAUUUAUUACUUGCUUCGAUUGCUUGUCUUCUUCCACGCUGGGCGGCCAAGUGCUAUCAAAAAAUGUAUAUGCCACGCGACAUUGAUAUUGUUCGUGAGCAAUGGCGUGUAUUGGGUAUGUUUAAAAACCUGCGUCAUGAAGGUGAUACAGAAGACAUGUGGGCCACACAUUCGGAAACUUCUACUGGAGACAUUGGGCUUCCUAUUGGAGGAAUUGAGGGUGCUUCUGAUGGAACAGUUGUAGGAGGACCUAAUGGAGGGGUUGGCAAUGGAAUGAUGGAUGAAGAACUGGGUGAGGUUCCUAUUAAGAAAGAGCAUAAGCACAUGCAUUUACCUCAUAGACACCGUGCUUCUGAGUCUUCAUCAUCAUACAGCGGCAAAGUAGCUGUUUAA